GGUAUGAGGAUCUCACCAGCUGGCUACACCCCUUCAUCACCCAGCAGCCACCAGAAUCACUUUAUUCAGCAAAUGUACAAGGUACACAGGAGUUUGGACGUGGUGAUACAGUGCAGAGAAACAAGACACAAAUAGGAAGAAUACGACACUUCCUCUGUAAGUCAGUCAGCAUGCCUCUGUGAACUCGUUCCUGUGCUACCCGAGCACUCUACCUUCCAUCGCCCACCUUUAGGUGCUUUAUGCCCCCCAGCCCUACCCUGUAGGUCCCUCUAUCUCUACACCCUAACCAGUGCCAGGCCAACCCUGCUCGCCAAACCAGCACCAGCCAUCAACUGAGUAGGGGCUAUAGUGAUCAGCAGCCCGCCUCUUAAAGCUCUGAAGUGGGGGCUGGGGGGUAGAUGGGAGUUGGGGCAAGCUCAGAGGGCAGUGAGGUAGUCUAGGAUGGGAUGGGGUGGUAGGGUGAAGGGCUGGGGGGUGAUGGGUAAGGAGGGGGUUGCGGAGUCCCCUUUGGAAGUAGCCGCCCUGGUUUUUGGCUCCGCACGCAGCGACCGCAGAAGAGGCAUGCAUGGCUGCCUCAUGUCCUGGGGGUGACAGGCCAUGGCCCAUUGAGGGAUGAACGCACGGUGGCCUGACCAGCGUGUGUGUGUGUGUGUGUGUGUGUGUGUGUGUGUGUGUGUGUGUUUUGAUGGAGGGUGAAAGAGAACGUCUGUUUAUUAAGUGGUAAAUGUUGUUUGCUUGUUUCUUGGAAAGCUAAAGUACAGUGAAAUGUAAACAAGUAAAUUAUGUCCAAAAUAUUUGUGUGUAUUUACAUUUACGUUCAUUUGGUGGAUGUGUUUUAUCCAAAGCGGCUUAGAGCAAUAACAUAACAUUUCAGCUAUUAACAUUUCAGUAUUUUAACAUUUAAUGUACAGGGUAAAGGGGACACAGUUAGGAAUUACCACUGCAUCUGUCAAUACUAGUACUAGAGGAUAAGAGUGCCUACAUAUUAAUAAGUAGAUAGAUAGAUAGAUAGAUAGAUAGAUAGAUACUUUAUUGAUCCCCGAGGGGAAAUUCAGGACUAGUACUAAGUACUAGUCAGGUAUGGUAGGAGAAGUGGUAGAAGAGGAGGGAAGUGGAGAGGAAGGACUCCCUAGGUAAGUGCGUUUUUGUCAGAAGCGCAAGGAGAGAAAGUAUUCUCGGAAGAGUUGUCUUCAAAAGUUUUUUUAAAGAUGGUGUAGGCUAUGUUUUACUUGAAAAUGUGUUGGGUCAAAACAAAUUAAUUGGUAAUAAAUACAUAAUACACGCCUGUAGUUAUGUAAACAUGUUUUUUUUUUUUUUAAGUGUUACCAUUUAAUAUUGAGUUAAUAACUUUUAGUUAAAGUAGGCUUUAGUAACAAAGAUUAGUUUCGUUAGAGGAAAUAUUGAACAAAAUAUCCAGGAAAACUACAUGUCUGGAGACAUUCUGAUGUAAGCCGAAUGAACCACAGAACUCUUUGUAAUAUGAUGCUCAGGCGACAGAUAUGAAUUUGUAAACCAUAUGCACAACGUGCACGUCGACGCAGAACGAUGCGUGUAUCCGUCAGCACUUGUGCACGUCGUCCGCUGCGCUUCUGCGGAAUUUGCGGGGCUGUAGUCGGACUCCCGAAGACAGACGCCCACCUUGAAAAUAAUGAACAACAAAUUUGACGCUCUGAAAGAUGAUGACAGUGGCGACCAUGACCAAGACAAUGUCUCACCGAAAGACUGUGAAAAGGAAAAAAGUGAAGAUGAGGAGAAGGACCCAAGCGCUGCCAAGAGAAAAGUAGUGAUUCCGGGGGCAGGGGAACACCCUCUGCAGUAUAACUACACCUUUUGGUACUCCCGUCGCACUCCAGGACGGCCCGCUAGCUCUCAGAGCUACGAGCAGAACAUCAAACAGAUCGGCAGCUUUGCCUCGGUGGAGCAGUUCUGGCGAUUUUACAGUCAUAUGAUCAGACCAGGUGAUCUGACUGGCCAUAGUGAUUUCCACCUGUUCAAGGAGGGCAUCAAACCGAUGUGGGAGGACGAUGCCAAUAAGAGCGGGGGGAAGUGGAUCAUCCGUCUGCGUAAGGGCCUGGCGUCGCGCUGCUGGGAGAACCUCAUCCUGGCCAUGCUGGGGGAGCAGUUCAUGGUGGGCGAGGAGAUCUGCGGAGCCGUGGUGUCCGUGCGCUUCCAGGAGGAUAUCAUAUCCAUAUGGAACAAAACGGCCAGUGACCAGGCCACCACCGCACGCAUUAGAGACACGCUACGCCGAGUUCUCAACCUGCCCCCCAACACCAUCAUGGAGUACAAGACGCACACAGACAGCAUCAAGGCUUGGGAAGACUUCCAUGGCCUUGUGAAUGCUAGUGGGGGACGCUAAGGUCUUCUUCAGCAAGUCUAUGCCAAGGAUUUCUUCUAUUUUUAUUUUUGGACGAAGAGCAAUGCUCGCCAUGGAUGAUACCUGGCUGUUGGACGAGAGGUUCCUGUCUUAAAACAUACCAUACAAACAAAACAGAGAUGACCAGUAAAUCCACAUUAAAGAAGAAUGGAACCAGGUGCUCAACAGGGAAGCAAUGUGUUGAAUGGAAACUAGAGAGGAUCGGGAAUCUCAUGCUCCUGAUGCAUGCAGUCCCUAUAGACAACCACCAGGGGGCACUCUUAUGAUGACAAACUUAAUACUGUCGCUGUGAUCUAGAGAAGUAGACUGUUGACAGUCUACACAACAUUCAACCAACCAACCAAGUGAUGUACAGGAGUCGAUGCACCAAGAUUUUAAAAAGUUUACUGUCUAUGAAUUCUGACAACUUUUCAUUGAGCAGCUGUAGCUGUAUGUAUUUGGCAUAAAGAGAAAAAACAGGGUUGCAGGUAUAGUUUUACUAAAGUGCAGUAUUUUAACUGUAGUGUUUUAAGUUGUUUGAACUAGAGCAGUUGUGGGAAAAUGUUAUAUUUCUAAAAUGUUAUUUUGGAAGAUGUACAUUUUUGGGGAAUCAUUCUUGAUUUCUUCCCUUUGAUCUGACAUUUUUGGAAUCCAAAGGUUGAGCGUUGAAAAAAAGGGGUGAGGCCCGUGUAGGGUUACAUGUGUGUGUAUAUGUGUCGGUGACGGCCUCUGUAGGAUGGACCGCCAUGCUGCCUGUAGCACUGUGCCUGGCCUUGAAGCUUACCGUCCUCUCUCUUCUCGCCCCCCAAAGAGAUUUUGUGUGCGUGUUUUUUUUUUUUUUUUUUUUAAGAAAGAUAAAACAAAAAACAGACCAAAACAGUUCCUUAAUGCUGAGGACAUGUUGAAUGACAGCUACCCAAAUGCAGAACGAUGAUUGGUUGGAUGCAAUGGAGAUGUCAGAGACAGCUCAUCGAAUGCAAGGUGCUAAUUGGUCACGUGCAAAGGAGAUGUCAGUGAUGGCUUCCUCAGAGCUGAAUGGCGAUUGGCUGCUCUGGCAUUCACUCAGUUCUGAAAGCCUCAUGAACUGUCAUGGGAUCAGCUGUGAACCCUUGUCUUAACCUUAGAACACUUUUGGACUCUAAACACUUGACUGAGCAGAGAGGGGGCCUGGGGGACCUCAUGUGUCUUUACGUACCCAUAUACGUACAUACUGCCUGGACUUCAGAAGAUGGUGCUGGAAAUGGUGGUUAUGUUUAAAACAAAAAACAAAGGCAUUGUUUGAUUACAAUUGAUUAUAGCAAUAAAUGUUAAUUAUGCAUCUGCUGCUAA